GUACGCAGUGCCGGCAGUCGGUCGGUUAGGGCAGGUUAGGGAGCACGGCAGAAGGUCUCUCUGUGCGUCGCAGGGCAUUUCAAUUCACAUUCUCGUCAUCCCGUACGAUAGUGUUUGAUGCGAGCGAGUGUUUCGAGAGUGCCGUGAAAUGUCGGAAGCGAAAUAAAGUGUCGGGCGUUCGUGCCAACAUCCGUCGUCAGUCGAAUACGAUGUAUUGCGAUGCAUGAUAGGAAGUCUUGUCGCGUUCAAUCGUGUUGCGCAUCUUCUGAGGAGAAUAUCAAAAUUCUAAAUUAAUGUUUCGUUGUAACUUUUGCUUAACAGCCAACGAUUAUUCCGCUCAGAAAGGCAAUAAAGAUCAAACGCGUACCGAUUAUUUUGAUAACAGACGCCACGACAAAGCAGCUAGUUUGCGCGUUGAGCGAUUGAUGUGAUUGGUUCUCAUUAGUUCUCGCCCGCGAAUCCGACCAAUUACGUUUGAUUACCGUUAGAUGAGCGACCGAAGUGUUUGAACGCGUGCCGUAGUUCGGCCAUGGCGCUUUCGCGUGCGGAGUCGGUGAAUCGUACUCGCGAUUUACGUGAUAGAUUACGUGUAAUCAAAUAACGGCUUGCAGUGACGCUUCGACAUGCGUUUAAUUGCGUUUCCAGCUCGCGAGAUUUACGUGCUCGCUGUUGUCUUUCCAAGCGUGUCGCUAAUGUAUAUUUCCAAACGGCACGGCAGUCGGAGCAGUCGCAGUUCGGCUUCUGAUUCAACUAGCGUCGUAUCCGCGCGGCGUCGGUAUGAAGGUAGCAACGUUUUUGUCUUUCGGACGCGUCGUCGGUUUGUCGGAGUCAAGCGAGAACGAAAGGACACAACAACACGGCGACUGUUUAUUCUUGGAAGCGUCCAACGAAGUAUCACGGGUGUUGUACGCAUAUACGUCGCAUGACAAUUGAUUCGCUCUCGGAUUGCGUUUCCGCGAGUGUGUUUAUCUCCAAUGAGUAUGUAGCUUAUAGCCGCUGUAACUGGCAUUAUGGUGGCAACGGUCAGUCAGUCGGGACGAUGCAAGAUCGCGUCGCGUGUUCAAUCGCGUCUUCUCCGUUGCUCCGUAUUCCGUAUCUCGAGUUUUCGACGCACGUGAAUGUCGAAAGCGAAAUGUCGUGCCAAGUGUGAAUCGAGACUAAUCGUCAAUCGUCAUGAGGAGGAUCUUUGGAGAAGCGUUUGCGAGAGCUGCGACCGAGGCGAAGCUGGACGGAUCGAGCUGGAACGACCAGCGGCGAACGUGGGAUCCAAAAAUCACCACGUUGCCAGGCUUAUAUAUUAUCACUACCGCGAUUCUAUCGCCUUUUCGUCUUUGCAACGUCGCGUACAUAAGAUGCAUAAAUUUACUGGGGACGUGCGUGAAUCUUUAUCUCCUUUAUGAGAUAAUAAAGGAAAACUGUAAGUCUAUCGGGACAAACCAGUGGAACGAUUGGUCGACACUCACGUCGGCGUAUAAUCUUACCCUCUUUCCACCACUGUAUUUUUGGUGCUUUUUUUAUUACACGGACGUUGUGUCCAUGAAUUUGGUGCUCUUAAUGCUGUAUCUGCACCAACAUAAACGCACAAUGAUAACGGCCCUUGCAGGUUUGCUAGCUGUGCUCGUUCGUCAGACGAACAUCAUUUGGCUUGGUUUCUUUACUGUAGAACGCGCAUUAGAUAUACUCAGUCACAGGAUGGAGCAACCAGUUCCACCUGGAGUGCUUAGCACUCCAUUGCAUUUUCGUUUAAUUUGGAAGCAGAUAACGUACGAAAUGCGCCUAGGUCCGCUGUCCUUCGUCAAGUUCGUCGCGCAGAUAUGCGGUAGUCUACUUCCUUACCUAACGGUGUGUCUCACGUUCGUUGCCUUCGUCGUGUGGAACAGAGGCAUAGUGAUCGGCGAUCGUUCCGCUCAUGUCGCAACGGUUCACCUUUGCCAGAUACUUUACUUCUCCGCCUUCGUCUCUCUGUUUUCGUGGCCAUACGUGGUGCCUCAUUUGCGAGCGUGUUCACGAUCUCUUCGUCACCACUGGAUUCUCGCGGGCUGCAUCGUUGCGUUGAUGGCCGCGACGAUACGUCUUAACACCCUCGUUCACCCGUACGUCUUGGCUGACAAUCGGCAUUACUGGUUUUACGUGUGGAAUCGAUUCAUGGGCCGAUACGUGGCGUUCAGGUACUUGCUGAUACCGAUUUACGGCGCGAGCUUGUAUGCCAUGUGGCGUAACAUCGCGCAUCUGAGGUUUCUCACGCAAAUUAAUUAUGUUAUAUGCGUAUGCGUGGUGCUGAUACCUCAAUUACUGGUAGAGCCGCGUUACUUCAUUCUACCGUACGUAUUUUAUCGUUUAAAUAUAAAGAAGCCGGAAAGGUGGCAGAUAUAUUGCGAAUCGCUCACGACCUUCGCGAUCAAUUGCCUGCAAUUUGUUAUCUUUGCCAGCAAAGUGUUUUACUGGGAAGAUCAGCCCUACACCCAACGAAUUUCUUGGUGACAUUUACGACGAAUGCAAAUGUACAAAAUUAAAAGAGAAUUUUGUUUCUAUGUUGAGUAUUCGACGCCUUCCCUCGCGUUUUCUUUCUAUACGUGAUAAUGUCAUUUUAGAGAGAGACAAAACUCUUAAAGGAAGGGUGUUAAGGGAGUGAUAAUUACUUUUGAACAAGUUUAUUGUUCACAACUGAAACUUGUGGCAAAAUUGCUAGAUAAUUUUGUACAGCAACGGUUGUCAAUUUGUAAUUUCACGGCACGUAUAUUAUCGUCAGCGCACAAUACAUUAAACGCAUUUGAUCGACGACUCGAUCGAGAACUUUUUUUAUAUUUUCUAUUUUUGUUAUGGCUCCUUCGUCUCGUCACUUUGCUAUGUUAUCGUUUUUUUUAUCGAAUAUAAAUGUUGCACGUAACGGUAUAGUAAAAGGUACCGAAAUGCAAUUUGCGAAUCUUCCUUACUCUAAGCCUCUUUAUUUAUUUAUAGCAAAGAACUGUAUCUUGAGAGAAAAUCAGGCCUGAUACAAAAAUAUUCUUAAAAGUAAAAAUGAAAGCAAGAGUAUUAUGCGCAUCGGAAUAAUUUUAAAUCUGUACUCCGAAUUUGCAAACUUGCAAAUAUACUAAAUUGGAAAAAGAUCAUUCAAUAAUUCAUGACAGUAGAAAAGCGAGGGAAAUGUGUGUGCACUGUAAUUGUCAUACCAUGAAAAAGUGCUCCCAUCCUCUCCAGUUCUUUCAAAUCUGGGUGUGAUAUUUAUAUAUAUAACAAAGAAUUAAUUGUUUCGUUUAGAAAUAAAGAUAUGUAUGUACAACUUCCGGCUUGCGCAUGUACAUUCAGCCUCUGGAUUGCCGGUAAUUUGAGCAUUACUCGCGACGGGGACGUUUUCAUUCGCCUACAUCGCGUAGAACCGACACUAUAAAACAAUACAAUCGUAUAUCACAAACGGCCUCGAAUAAACGCGCUAAGUACUCUCUAGAAUUUCUCAGAAUUAAAAUUAAAAAUUAAAACUUACUUCCUACAUAUUCUAAAUGAUAAAACAAAGGUAAAAUCGUUCAUCUAUUUAUGUUCUUCUCUUUCUCUCUCUUUCGCUCGCUCGCUCGCUCGCUUGCGUCCUCUUUCUUUCUCUCUCUCUCUUUCUCUCUCUACAAUCUAACUGCGCGAAAAUCGCACAUAUUGCUUGUCGUAAGUUUAUUGCGGACCGUAUCCAUAUAAAUCAAUAAUGAAACGUAAAUAAUCUUCUGUACACACCUUCGCACAUUCCGGCAGGAUAUGUAAUGGGAAAAA